ACUUGACGAGACGUGGUUGCUUCUUCCCCGGGAAGAGAAGCGUUUCAACUAAGCUCACCGCCAAAGCUGCACGGAUUGUUGCGCAGAGAUAUUUGUCUACUCUGUUUCAUUUCAAUGUUCAGUAGCUCUGGACUGACUCUGGGUAUCAGGAAAUUCUUAACUAUCUGUUAAAUCUGGACUCGCGGUCCUCAAUGUUUGAACUGAACGGACGCUAACGGGAGCUAGCUCAUUGGUCCGUCGAUACAGUUGUGUGAAGUCUGUUAGUUUUCAUUUUGCAGGAAGAAAAAUGCCUCAGCAGCAGAGGACAAGCUGGAUCCUGACAUGCGCCACAGUCGCUUGUAUCACCGCUCUGUAUGUGCCCUGCGUUCAGAAGACUGUUCCCGGUGGAGACUCAGGUUGGUGUUAGCUCGUGAGCUAAAGCUCGUCUUCUGGUCACGUGGCUUUGUUGUGUUUCAGGUCAGCCAAUCGUGCAGCGCCUUUUUCCUCACGCUGCAGCAGCUCGAGGGUUACUUCUCCAAGUGUUGAAGGCACAGGUGCAUAAAAUUAAAACUAGAAUUAAAACAACGUUGAAGAACUUUCAGCAUUGAGACAUUUUUAUACAUACAGGGUUCAUUUUUAUGGCUUUAAAGUCUGUAAAUACACCGAAUCCAUUUAAGCAAAUGCCUCCUGAAUAGUUAUCUUGGAUUAGCAGAAGAUUUAUAUAUUUUUCCAUAUCUAUCUAUCAGUAUAAUGAUAAAACGGACCACCGUGGUGCUAUGACAGUACAGCUUGUUAAAUCCCCUGUUUUUUAUCGUCUGCUUUUUUUGGGAAAAAAAUGUUGUAGCCUCUUUUUAAAUUAUGAAUUAUUGUCCUCUUUGGUCAGAUUUUCCUGUACCAGUGGAGUAUUUCACGCUCUUUUUUUCUAUCCUAACAAGUUUUAAAAUGUUUGCCAAGCCCAUUUACGCUGACUGCAGUGCAUUUUAUAAGAUUGUUAUGAAAACAAUGCUUCGAAGAGAGAGUAUGAAAGAGUCACCCCCUGGCUCCAGGAUUAAAGUAGACGUUACCAAAUGAACAUGAAGUGUUAUUGUAAUUAUCUCCUGUCUGGUCUGACCCUUAUUUCAGCCACAUGCACAGAGAUUAAAUUGUUGUCACGUAGGUUAUAAUGAGUAUUUGGCCUAUUUAAAUAUAUAUGAACCUUAAAAUUGUUUGCAGUAUUGUACUCUCCUGAUUUGUUAUGAAAAAAUUGCCGUUUUAAGUUGUUGACUUCUACAAUAAUAUGGGCUGCCUAAUUUGCACAGUAUAUGUACAGACAUAAUUUAAUUUGUUCAGUCAGCUAUGUUGUAGGGCAACAUGUUUUCCAACAUACUUGAUAUGCAGUUUAUGAAGGACUGCCUUGCACAAUUACAAACAGUGUUUCAAAGUGAUAGCUAGGUUACAAACUUGUAAAUGUGGACUUUAGGGCAUGAAGGCUCUGCUUGUUAGCUUUGCACUGCUCUGGCAUACAAGCUGCUGUGCAGGGGAAAUGCACAUUUAACAAAAUGCGAGCGUAUGAAAAGCUUGUCCAGAUAUGAGCGAGAAGAGACGAGGUGAGAGCAGGCAAUUGGAGUAGCUGAGUAGCCCUGCUGGUUGUGCUGCUGCCGAGCGAACGCAGGCCUUUGAAAAAAUGGCCAGCCCCUUCUCCACAGUGUUUAGGGACGGUGCAGGAUGCCCGCUCUGAUAGUGCCAGCUGAACACCCCUCUGAAUUCUCCAGGUCUCCGUCUCUGUGUCCUAAUCUCUUUAGGUGUGAUGUGCCCUGGAGAGGCUUGAGCACAGCCCCGCGGGUACGCUGUUGUCUAGGAAUGUGGAGUGUGGAAAUGAUGGGGAUUAUGGGAAGACUGGUGUGGGUGCCCAUGCUCCACUAUCACAAAGAGUCUUGGCACCCGUACCGCUACCCCGUUGAGUCAAUAUUUUCCUUUUUUAGCAUUGGGGCUGUAGAACUGCAUCUCUGUAGCACUCAGAUGUAUGUUUUGGCUCAAUAUUAGUUUGAGUUUUCCUCUGUUGAAUGGUGUAAAAGUGUGCUGCUACUGAGGGGAAAUGAGUGAAAUUGAGAAAGCGAUGAGGGCUGAGAAAGUGUGAUGUAAAAUGAUGGCAGGUAGCUGGCGGCUCAUGCCAGGUGAAAUGGAGCUGUGAAAACAUUUAAGCUGUGCAGGUGGAGGAGUUCUGACUUCAUGGUCCAUUAGACUGAUAAGAGUUAGGGCUCCUCAUGUGGCAGAAAUUUAGGCAUAAUAAUUCACUGUAUCGGCAAGGUUGCAGAAUAUGUGAUGCAGCCAAUGCCAUCUGAAAUUCAGCCGUUCUGUUCUAUAAUUGUUGGGGCUCAAUCUGGGCCCAUGUUGUUACUCUGAAAACGUUUAUUUUGAGUUCUAAAUCUGUUUUGAGCACUCAAAGAUGCUCCGAUUGAAAAUAACUGACUAUAUUCUGCUUCUGCAAAGUGUUAGGUUGAAAAAUGUUGAGCCUUUCAUUUGUUGUUCCCUCAGUCCUGUGUCCAAAUUGACCAUGAAAUCAAAUAUAUUCAGUGAAUGAGGGUCAGUAGACUGCUUUCUUUCUCAUCUGUGAUAGAGAAAACAAGGACACUGUUUUAAUUAUAUUGACUACCCAUCUAGUACCAGUAGAGGGAGCUGUCCUGGCCCCAAACAUUUAUCAAUGUCAUUUAAUCUGAACCAAAUUUCAAUUUUCAUGAGUGGGAGAUGCAAACAUUGGGUGAGAAAUCAGUCUAAUUUGAAACGCUCUAGGUGUAUUCUGGCACAAAUGGGUUUGUGCCCAGAUACAUUAAAGCUUCCUCAAAUAGCUUUUAGGGGUUUUCUUUUCACUUUGUGCUGCGCCUCACACAGAGCUUGUCAAAAAAUUGUGCAACCGACUCUUAUUUUUUAAAGCUUACCUCAUUCUGUGACUGUCACCAACGUUGCCUUUCUGUUUGUGCCCAACGGACUAAAGGAGACAUUGAGACACUGGGAGUGUGGGAGCAACAGAGAGGCACGUAGAGCGGUAGAAGAAAGGGGAAAGGAAAGGACCCUGAUGCAUUAGGGAGGAUGGGACUGAAAGCAUUAUUCUCAGAUCAGCAUAUGUGUGUCUUUGUGUGACAGAGAGGGAGUCUAAUGGUUUGUGUGUGUGUGUUUAUAUCUGUGUGCUGGAGAGAGAGAGAGAGAGGGAGGGAGGGAGGCAUCAGGGGAGAAGCGAGAGAUGAAGAGAAUGAGCGUGCCGCUUAGGAAAUGUCACACUGGGAAGAUUUGUAGGUUUUGAUCCUGGCAAAUUAAUGCAAAACCCCAGUGCAAGUAUUUGAUUUGGGAAAACUUUGGGAGCAGACUUGUCUCUUAAUAAUAAUUAUUGGGUUUACAUUAAUUUCCUCCCCUAUUCUCUUCCACAGGAGAGCUGAUCACCACUGCUUGUGAGCUGGGGGUAAGUAUUAGCUGUAUUGUUUAAUCAAUUCACUCAUUAACUCUUAUAAGCAUUAAGGAAGUUUAAUUAAGCAUGGGCAGAAAGCAGAUUAAUUUACUUUCAGUCCACAGGUUUUUCCCCUUCUUUUCUAUACACUUAUUUUACUAAGUUGCAAGUAGAGAAUGCUAUAAUUUGCAACCCGUUUUUCAAAUCCAAUUAAAGUCAAUGGUAAGGCGAUGGCUUUUGUAGGCUUUGCCUUAUGUACGGUAUAAGGCUUAUUAUAUCCACCCCUCUUUUUUGUGUGUGUGUAAGCCGCGAAGAAUGAACUAAAUCGGGUUAACAGUUAUAAUAAGUUUUAUUAUUUAAUAAAGUUUAUUACGCCGCUGUGAUCCUUUUAGGGAGGCUGUGUCGGUGUCACUAUGCCAGUAAUCCUGCCGUUAGUGCUGCAGUCCGUGUGGCCUGCCUGUCUGCUUUUCAGGCCUCCCCAGGGCCUCACAGGCCGUCCCCGGGCCCCAAGCCGCUGGCCCCCCUUUCUGAUCCCCAGAGCUCCAGAAUUCUGCCUCCCCAUGCUCCCUGUUGCCUCUGUCCCUCAGCUGCCCUUUGCUGUGUGACUGUCGACUCCUGUUGGCCACACACUCUCUUAACUGAUGCUCCUUAAGACGUCAACACUUUUCAAGCUGUCUGCAGAGUUGGAAUCUUUUUUUAGCAGAACUUGUUCCCUACUACUCCAUGACUUCUCCUGACCCACAUCCUCUUUCUGUGAUUCAUUCCUCUGUUCUGGGUCAAGCUUUUUUGUAUGAAUUCAAAACCUUUGCUGUGUCUGAGGUGACCGGUGAUGCAGCCGCCUCUGUCACCUCUCACAGCUCUGUGUUCAUCAGAGGAGCUGCCCUCUUCUCUUCGCCUGCAUGGCUCAUGUUAUCAGGGCCAGCGAAUGAGUCUGUGUUUAAUGACUGAGCCCUUAUCUGGGUGGAGGAGACUUAGUAGCUAAUUGCUGUGAUUGCUUAGAUCCCCCAGGCGAGAAUGACUGCGGCUCGGAGGUGGUUUGGGGGCUGCGGCUGGCGAGCACCACGUGCUCCAGCAAGGGGCUCUAGGGAGCGGUACUGUCCUUGGGAAGAGGCCAGAAGAAAAGAAGUAAGAAGAGGGAGGAAGAGGGGGGUGAGGGAGAAGAGAGGGAGUCAGUUUGCGGUCAUGGCAGGCAGUAUACAUUUUCCUCUUCUCUAUAGUUGAAAAUAUACGGCAUACCUUUACUUGAAUCUAUAUGGUGAGGGGCUAAUUUCCCCACAAUAUGCCUUGCCCAAGAAAAACAACCCUUGUAUUUUUCUCUUUUGAACCGUCUGUACAUUCUUGAUAGAUGUCAUCUAUAUUUGUCCUCCCAUUUUUAUUCAUUCUUUCAUUCUUCUUUUACAUUCUCAAAACAAAGUUCAGCAUCUGUUUUUUUUUUUCAACAAAUUGUGCUGAUGUGAAUGAAAACUUGAAUUAUCAAUCCAAGUUAUUUCUUAUUGCAUCUCUGGAUGUGUAUUCUACUCUCUCUUCUGUCCCUUCGAGUUCAGGUGGCCCAUCCUCCAGGUUACCCUGUCUUCACUUUACUGGCUCGUCUGGCGAUCUAUCUCCUACCCUCCCUGUCUCCAGCCCACAGUGUUAACCUUAUGAGCAGUCUGCUGGGGGCUGCUGCCAGUGGAGCCCUCUGUAUUUCUGUCUGCAGGUAAGCAUGUAAAGAACAAGCUCUUGCAUCAUAUCCCUCCUCAUUUUGUUGAUGUAUUUUAAUCAUUUAGAUUUAACCAUAGAGGACUCGUUAAUAUUUCUAAAAUGUAAAAAGAAAUUUUUUCUCCAAAGCAAAUAAUCUGGCAAUGUAUAUAGUAAAAGUUCUUAGAGGGGAAAAAAACUUUUUUUUUCUUUCAUGUAGGAGGACUUUCAACAUUCCCUCACUGACUUUUUGCAUCUCAAUGCUGUCUGGAGCACAGAGUGGUAUUUUUGGGUCCUGUCAGACUGGCAGUGUCGCCCCUGAUCCUCUGUUCAGUAUUCAGGAGCAGAGCCCAGCCGCCCUCCUCCCUCCCUCCACCCUGCCCUGCCUGUUUACCCAUCAGCCACCCGUUGUGAGUGUGCGUGUGUAUGUAUAUCACAAUUAUCGCGCCCUCCAGCCCCCACUCGCCGUCCGUGUCCCCCUCCCCGCCACCAACACUGCUGCCCAGCAUGUUCCCAAUCCUGACAUGGCACGAUUUCUUAUCUAUCCUUUCUUGCCUCCUGUGCCUGAGAGGGACACAAUCACUACCUCUGCUCCUCCUGCUUCUCUUUCUUCAACCAUCGCUCCUCUCAUUCAAUCAGGAGUUUAGUUUACGUUCUCUUUUUUUCAUCUGCUGCUGACCCCGUCAGAGAGGAAGUAUCCCCUCACCCCACCCCCCUCUUUGUGUGUGAUAUCAUCCUGGAAUACAUAUAUCACCUUUCUGCUGAUUUAAGGUAUUUCCCACAUUGCAUUGUUGGUGGCAGCUUAGUGUCGACAUUUUUCCUUUUUGUCGGUGUUUAUGCAUACUGGAGCAUUUCCAGGUAUGCCAUAUAUUCCACAGAUUAGAAAUUGUUGAAUGUGAUGUAAUUCCUUCCCCCUGUACAGCCCAGUUACAGGGGUUGGGGUGCAGUGACAGUGGGGUGAGAGCAGGAACGACUCGAGUUGUAUGUAUUCCCAGGUGCCCAGUACCAGGUCUACUUCCUAUAGACCUGGCCACUGUUUGCCAGGUGGCAGGUGGUCUGGAGCAGGUCAGGGUACAGGGUCAGCUCUGAUGCACAAGGGCAGGCAGGAGGAAGUGCUCCUCAGGGGACUGGAUCUCAGCCCAGACUGCAUCAGCCUUAGACCAGAAGCCGUACUGCUUCUGAGAGGUGAAUGAAAACCCUGCCUAGGACUAGACGUGACAUAAAAAGGAGGACAGAAAGAACAGGUUGGAACCCCAUGCCUCUUAAGUCUUAAUACAUUUGACGAGUUCAUCAUUCAGUUGGCCAGACAGUUGCAGACGGUUACUCAGAGGCCAGAAAAUAUCCAUGCAGUCUGGGCAAUAUUUGGCUCUAAGUGUGCAUGUUAACUGCAGCCCUGUUUGUAAUCUCUGCGGAUUUAGAUCCAAUUUUGGAUUAUGGUCAAGUAAAAAGUCAUUAUGAGGACCUCCAAACCCCCAACAAGGGAUGAUGGGUAGUGAGGACUCCAGCCAGAGCACACAGUCACACCAUAUAAGCUCUUAAGUAUGAACAUAUAAUCUACGCUUUCAAUUUGAAAAAUAAGCAUAAAAGGUUUUAGUCAUUAUCUGCUCGGGGUUUUAGCUUUUGGUUGUGGGUCAGCUGGCACACGCUUCCCGGUGAGGGGUUAGCGUAGAGGGCAAAAGAUGAGGAGGGUGGAGAGUGUCCUUUGGUUUUCUGGAUGAUCGGGACCCCCCCUAUCAGGCCUAGCAUGGGUGCCUUGAACAUACCAAAAGAACAGGCAUAGAUGUCCCGCCAUAUCACUGCAGGGGGCUAGACCUCUCCCUCAGAUGAGAUGCCAGGACUGACCAGAACACCUGCUCUCUCACGCAGCAACACCAGAUUGAUAUGUCUGAUAUCAAAACCAUUCAAGACAAAAUGUUUUAGUCCACUCGUUGAGGGACGAAACCCAUUUCCUCUUUUUAUUUUUAGCUUUGCGUCGGCUGUGCGAAGAAGACUUUUCCCCUUGCUGCUUUGUGUGAUCAUUUUCAGAUGGUAAAUAUAUUGCAGUUAAUGCAGAUACUUGAAGGCACUUUCUCUCAAAUAUUAAAUUGUAAGACCUUGAAAUUCAUCUGGAGUAUACCCAACAUGGCAAGCCUUUGAUGUAUCAAUUUAAAUUAGUCGGCCAGAUUGCCGUGUUUAAUGUGGGGGAAUGUAAGUUGAUAGGCUUGGAAGCCACUUCUCUCCCUUGCAUAAGUUAAAAUGCAGCACUUAGCCUCCCUUUGAUUUGUCAAUUACAGUUCUCUUGGCUUGAUCAUUCAGUUUGAUGGCCAAAUUGCACGUCUUGUUAUGUUUUCACACCAUGGCCUGACAAGUCUUUGAGGAUGGUGGACGUAAUGAUAAUUACCAUCAAUUGCACUCUGAGGUUCACAGACGGGGAGACAUUUGGCCUGUUGAAUGCUAAAGGCCUGUGCUGCGAGUCUCCAGAGGAAUGCACCCUUCAUAGCGGGAUUAUCCAGACAGCUCGGUAUUCUGUGCUCUCUCGUUUCACAGUUUAUCUGCUAAAGCUGCUCUGAAUCUCUGCUACCUGCGAGGAAUCUCUCCCUCCAUUCCCGAGCUUAUCCCGAGAAACCAGAAGCAGACACGGCAGCCUGCUGACAGCCAUCAGAGCAGAAAAACAACCCUGAAUGCUCAGUCAUCAGCACUUUUUUGUUUGAUCGCAUGAUUACAUAACAAGACUGUUGAAGCACACCGAACGUGUCUGGGCCCCCUUGUCACUGGAAGUGGUUGUAUUAAAGCGCACACCUUCAAGAUGCUCCCCACUAAGAUCUGGCCCUUGUUGCACAGCUGAUACCUCAGAGGACCUGAGGGUGGGCGCUGUGCCAUCCCCAGCUCCUUAUAAGGACUUUCACCAUAUGGUCCUGAUGGUGCUUUUCCCUCCUCGCUCAGGUGGGUUGUUUUUCCACUCAGGGGGGGUUGCGUGUAUCUUGUUGGGGGUCAUGUCAGGUGUGUGGGUUUUGUUGUUUUGCAGCCAUUUGUGCAGUUUUAUUCUUUUCGAGACAUCCUGAGCGUGAGGAGGUGUUGUGGAAACAGCUGAAUUGAGUUGUUUUGUUGGAUGAUGUCCUCACCACUCCCUGCAGGUGGCAGGUCUGCCCCUCCCUCUCACAUCUGCUGUGGUUGGAUAAAAUUUUCAAGAGGCUUCAGAGAAGACAGCCAUUUCUGUUCCUCUCUACAAGGGAGAACAAUUUCAGGUUUGAUUAUUCAAAAGGCCUCAAUCUGUAGACCUUUUGUUCAUUUUUUGCAGUAUCUCAUCCGUCAUAUUGUAGUCCAACAGACCUCCUUUACUCCCACCCAUCCUCAGCAUGACCAAUAGUUCCCCCAGGACUCAUCCUCUAAUACAGUUAAACAGAUGUCUAAUGAAGAUGUUAUUUCCUCAUUACUGGCUAUGGGAUGGGGAUAGAGCGGGGGAGGGAGGAGGGCGAGAUAGACAGCAGAAUACAGUAGCAGUUUAAUAUUCCUCUCGCCCGUGGGCCUGAGAUUGUGUCUGCCUCGGACGUCAAUAUUACAUUCCUCACCCACCACAGGCGGUCUUAAUAAGGCACCAGGCACGGAGACGGAUCAGACUCGGCAAUUACAAUUCACCCAGAAUUAGUUAAUGGAAUCUAUACAGCAACAUUUAUGUAUCACUGGUGUGUGCCUAAUGACUUUGUUGGAAAAGGCAGCAAUAAAAAAUGGCAUUCAGAGAAUUGCAUAAACACAGGAUUUUUCUAAAUUGUUUUUUUUACUCCUCUUCCUGUAAUUUUUGUGUGUUGGGUGGAGAUUAAGAUGGCAUUCUGGGAGAAAUUGUCAUGUCAGUGGCUGCAUUGUUUGAGCGGAAUUGUGGUGAUUAAUUUUACACGCACUUGGAGCACUGCAGCACUCUCCUGGAGGAGGGGUUUCUGAGCGGCAGAGCCGGGACCCUUAUUUACCCUCCUCUCUGUUUGAGCAGACAGACUUCUGUUCGCGCACCGGAGGAGGCAGGGAGGACCGAGAAAUAAAUGGUUUGGUGACUGGCUGAAAAUUGGGUUGUGACAUCCAGGAUUUAUAUCUGGUACUGUCAGUAACAGAAAAAGGAAGAGGGCUGAACUUAAAGAAUCAAGUGAUAAAAAAAGGUGACAAAUGUUCCCAAUAUAAAAAUGUCUCAACCACAUUGUGCAGUUUAGCCCAUUAAACUUGAUUGGCAGCUUAUCACACACAAGCUCUUUCCAAAUGAGUUCACACAAUGCUGACUAAGACUGUAAAUACCAGGUUAAUUUGUCUUUGUCAGGCUGUAAACACAGCCUUUGUAUAUGAUGCCACAAAGACACACCUGUAAUGACAUGUUUUACUCCACCUAACAGUGACUUCUUUGCUUAAGCUGGGAGUGAGGAGGGGAACUGAACAACAAUAUCAGUGGGGAGGAAAUCCAGAGUGUGACACUCACUGAAACCUUAUCAAAGUUCUUUUAAGACAGUGCUUCACAUUCACAAAAAAUGUUUUCAUAAGCUGACAAAUACAUUUACAAUGAUGUAUCACCACAAUCUGGUCAACUAGCAGCACAAGGCAAUAUUAAAUUACUGUUUUAAUUUUCAAUAUAGUUUUUCACCCUCUCAUACAUAUUCAUAAUAUCAUUUUCAAGGCUUAGGUAUGUGCAUCAGUCACUGCUUGGUCUUGAAAUGUCAAAGCAUUGGAUCUGACACUUAACACUGUCAUAUAAUAGCUACUUAGUACCCUGCCUGCUACCCUGGCCAGGGGAGAGCCCUGGGGUGUCAUUGAGGGCCAGCUGGAAACCUCCACCUCAGCCCAAGCAGGCCACCUCCUCUCUUGGGCUCUUUACCCUCUUCAGGAAUGUGUGAUUCUUUUCCAGCGACCCCUUCCCAAACCGCCACUCGGUGGUGAGAACAGUGCUCCGCUGAUCCGGGAUGGCACAGCUGUGUUAUUGUCUGUUCCCCCGGGUGGUGUGUGACAGUGGUUCCCUCGGCCAGCUCCCAUUGUGAAGCCUCAAUCAGUGUGCAGAGUGCUGGUGUUGGCUUUUUGUGUGCUGUUAUUUAGCACAGGCGACUGGUGCUGGCACGUCUCUGGCACAUACUGUAGAACUGAGGCAGGUCCCAUUUUGACACUUCAAAGUGAUUUUUUUUUUUUCCUGAGCUUUUGUUGUGUCCUUGAAGGGGACAUUGCUUACCAGAGCCAUUGUCAUUUAUUCCGUUUUAUUUACCUUUGAUCUUCCCUUUGAACCUGAGUUGUUUGCAUUUGCCUGAUUUGUACUACACUCACAAAUUUGUUAUUUUCUCAUUUGACUUUCUAUUUCCAACUUCUUUUUCUUAUUUAAGACUUUACAUGUAAUAUUCGCAGUUUAGUUAAUUACCCAUAUGCUGACACAGACAUUAUGGCGGGGUGGUUCAGUUCAGGGUAGAGCAGCCUCGUUGUCAGCCGAGUUAUUCUCCUGCCACGUCUCAACCAGGCCGUUGUCACUGAGCCACGACACAGAGGCAUCCCGCACUGCAUUGAGCGGCGAUAACAGGGAACACGGCCACUCCAGUGUCAGAAUGUGUCCUGCUUUAUCUGCGUGCUCUGGGAGCAGCCGGCCCAGAGAAUGAGCUCUGGAGUGACUGAGAGGCUGACUGGGACCCAGGUGGUCCCGCGCAGACAGACAGGUCAUUUACAGCCCGCACUGUACACACAUCACUGAGCUCUCGCGGACUGACAAGCUCUAACAGAGAGAUUUGUCAGGCACUCAGGGAGAAUAAAGGAGAGGGGGAACAGGAGUGAGUGGGUAUGUGUGAGUGUUUGAAUGUGUGACGGGUGCUGCCUGGCUAUCAAACGCAGGAACAAACUUGGUGUAAUAGCCCCAGUCUGUGGACCCCCACGACUGUUGUGCACCCUGUGUAACCCCAAAAUCAGACCCCCUGCUUGGUGUAAGAGCUGAGGGUUAAUUGUCAUGCAGGGAGGUAAAAUUAUGGGUGCGGGGGGUCUCAGCACCUCAACAAAAGUCCCCAUCUGCCCCCCCCUCCCCACCACCACCACCCUCCUUCUCCAUCCUCCAACACCCAUCCCAUCCGACUUCAUCCUUUCCUUCAAGUUACAACUAAUUCCUGGAGCGGUGCAGUGAGAAAGAGGCUGCUAUCUCUUAUUAAGACCCACUCCUAGACGCCCCAUCAACACAGUUCACCCCUCCUUCUCUAAAAGUGCGCACACACACACACACGCACACAUGCAUAUUCAUUCACCAAGCUCGCCUUACAGAGAACAGAGAGGAAAAAUAGUGAGGAGAAGCAGAGAGAAAACCCAAGAAAAAAAAGGGGAAGUAGUCAGCAAGCAAGAGUUUUUUUUUCUUUUCUACCAUCCUCUCGCUCUCCCUCUCCUUUUUUUUCCUGAUUUACCGCGCUUUCCUCAGAAAGCUCCAUUGUUCCCCUAGCCUAAGUCUCAUCAGGCCUUUUGUGGCUGACUAUCACAGCGGCAGGCAGAGAGCUGGAAAUGUAUAAAUGGUAUCAUGCCUUGUGAUUAAUGGCGGUGCUUAUGAGUCAGGUCUGAUAACGGGCCUGCUCUCUACUCAAUUUCAGAUACCGUUAAUGGAAUCUGUCUUCUGCGAUUGUAAUGUGAGAGCGCCUAAUUUGCUAUGGAGCUUGAAGCUGUCACCGGCAAGGGAUUGUGGGGUCAUAAGGGACCUGGCAGCCGUUUGGCCUGCAGCUUGUAUCUGCGGUGCUGAAUAGAGCAGCUCUCUGCCUGUCAGUUAGCUGAUAGGCUGAUGAGGACUCUAAGCCACUCCACACAAUGGCGGAAAGGGCCAUACUGCCUGACUUCCCUAAUUGUCGAGCCUGCUCAUAUUUCAGAGCCAGCAUGCCGGGGACUGGGCUGUGUGUGUGUGUUUUUUUUUUUCUUUUCUCUUUUUUCCCCUCUCUCUUCUUGAACUUUUUUCUUCCUUUUCUCUUUAUUUCAUCCUUUAUCCCGCACACUGUCUCACCCCUUUAACGCACAUUUCUCUGCACUAUUUUUCUACUCCCCCCCCCCCCCUUCAUCAUUUGUCGCCUCUCUCUCCCUCUCUCUCCCCCUCUGUCUCUCAUUUUAGUAAGUGGUGGGUCUUAGCGUAUGACAGAUUAUCCCAAGUUUGCUUCAAUUACCGCAAAGGAGAUGGAGACAGUACAGGAGAGGAGGAAGGGGAAACUUUUGUGCACACAUUAUAUUUAAGAAGCUGAGGAUAAUAAAGUGCUAUCUCCACCACGGUGGUUUCAGUGCCGGUCUGCUCCAGAUCAACCGGCUGCUGUGGAAGGACUUCUCCUGAUGAUAUUUGAGUGGCCCAUUUCACUGAGUGUUUUUCUAAGGUCUUGUCCAAGAACCAAACUUUGGUUUGAGGGAAAUUGCUUGGUGUAUUUAAGUGCUAAAUUUUUUAUUUUAUGUGUGCUGCUAACUUUGUUAUUUCGUCACUGAAGUGAAACCUGGGUAAAAAAAAGCACACUUGUAGUUUUGUAUCCUCAAAAAUGGAUUAGAAACAAAAACUUAAACUCGGAGUGGAACAUUUAAAUUCCUUCAGUUUUGUUUUUCGAUAAAUCUUCAUCCCAAAAAGUUUGAUUAAACCUAAUUGUGGGAAAUCAAACUUCUCCCUUUUUCUGCGUAUGAUUUGAACUACACAUGAAGUGUUUUUGAGCAUCCAUCUAACACAGUGCACAGUAAGUGAGACCUCCUCUGCCAUUCUUCAGGUUGGCAGGUCCUGGUCCUGGAGCUGUGCUGGCUGGAGGACUGUUCGCAGUCUCCAGGCUGAGCUGGCAGUGGUCCAUGGUGGCAGAGGUCUUCACCCUCAACAACUUUUUCGUUGGUCUGCUCUUCUUCUUGACCGCCAGCUUCCACUCAGCAGAAUACGCCACAAAAAGGAGGGAGGUAAACCGACCUUCAUGAGGUAGAUAAACAACUCAUGGAGAUCCCUUCAACAUAAGCUCACGCUGCUGUCAUGACAUUCUUGACCUUGUCAGAUGGCACACUGGGGAGCGCUGUUCUGUGGCUUGGGCCUCUGCAACCAGCACACCCUUGUGCUGUAUGUACUGGUCAUCAUUCCCUGGGUCCUUCACAGACUGUAUUCCUUUAGGGUAAGUUCUGGGAUCUUAUGAAUAAUAGCUUUAAAAUCUGUGUGUAGCGACAGAUAAAGAUUACUUAGAUUUUUGACUUGAACAUUUUCAAAGUAAUAUGUGUUGCUGUUUUUUUUUUCCAAACAUAUUGGAAAAUCAUUAGCUUGACUUUUUAGCAGGUUCCUGACAAACUCCAUAAGUGUGUAAUAUUUGCUCAGAUUUGAAUAAAGUCCUUAGUGCUCCAGUGGAACUUGUUGCUGUCCUUUAUACAACGAAGGCAUGUGUCAUAGCGUAUAUUUUAUGGGAGAAAUUGCAUAAUAAAGAACGCCAAAUUGAAGUUUCUCUGAAUAAUUUUUCUGAAUCUUAAUCAGUUUAACAUAAAUUUUAGAGAACAUUCAAAAGUUGAGAACUUCUCUCUCUCUCUGUAUAAUCUCGACAGGAGCUGUCUUUUCGUGUCCUCUUGUCUCUGGGAGCGUGCUUCCUUGCGGGGUUUCUGCCUUACAUCUACCUGCCCGUCUCCUCCUACUUGAACACAGCGCGCUGGAGCUGGGGGGAUCAAACCACCCUGUCAGGCCUGCUGACCCACCUGCUGAGGGCUGAGUAUGGCACCUUCAGUCUGGUAAGUGCUGGGAUACUCUUCUAGAUUAUUUGUCGACGGUGUUAUGAGUUUGUAAAGUUGCUCUGUUGACAUUUGAACAUGUUUUCUGUGUUCUUCUGUGUUUGCAGGCAAAAACAGAGAGCUCUGUUAACCUGACCACAAUGCUGAAGUGAGUGUGUUCGGCCUGUGUCCAAGCUUCUUGCCUGUCUUUUCUGAAACGACUGUGCUCCCAUCACUCACAGUUAACUGUACAGAGUUCCUACGCAAGUAUGGAAAAUAUGGAAAAGUAUGGAAAUAAAUUUGAUCAAUUUUCAGGUCUUAAAAAGUACGGAAAAUGAAAAAUAAAGUUGGAAAAAUAUUUUUGUUUCCAGACUAUUACCACAGUUCUAAGAUACUGUUUUCUAAAAUAGAAAAGUAGUUAUUUCCAAAAAUAAUGCUAAAAAGUAGGGUAUGGAAAUUCCAACUGUGUAGGAACCCUGACUGUAGUUACUGUGUUAAUGGCUUGAUCACAGGUCUCUAAACUCUCAUGACAUCUUUACAUCUUAUGGAAAUGCCAUUACCUUUUUCUUGAAGACUAUAACCAAUAACUGCUGUGCUGGUUUUAUAUAGGAUUGAGUUUCUUAACCAUUUUCAGCACUUUUCAGGUUUUUUUAAGGGUAUGUCUCUAUUUAGAGGUACAGUGGUGGACAGAGAAGAGUGUGAGGAUCAGUGUAACAGCAGCAGCAUCACUGAGUGUGUUGAGCGCUACGGCUGCAGGACAGUGAAGUCAAUGCUCUCUUGUUAUUGUCUGUGCAACUUUGGUGUCAAGUUUCUUCUUGGACAACAUAUUGUGUAAAAUAGAGCUGUGAAAAACAAGAAAAUAGCUUCAGGGAUAUGAAUAGUCGCUGUCAGGCAUGGUUAGGGACAUGCAGGUCAAGGGAUGGAGUACCCAGGUACUUUUUUUUUUUUUUUUUGCGCUGGUUCUGGUGUUUUACACAGGUUUAACCACAGACACUCAGAUCUGUUCUGAGAGCCCACAGUCAUUUGUGCAGCCCGUCCCUCUUUCCCUCUCUUCUUCUCCCAGCAGCUUUUGUUCUUCCCAUUCCACUCUCUCCCAUCAAAGCAGAACUGAACCUGCUUAGAGGGCCAAAUCGCUGUGUUCUGUUUCUCCAGCAGUUUGAAAUGAUCACUCAGCUCUGGUGUUUAAGCGUGACAAGCUGUGAUGACAGACACUGCAAUAGAGCUGGAGAAAUUGUAUUUUUCCACUCCAGCACCACCCCCCACACCCCCACCCCCCACCACCUCCUCUGCCCGAUUCCCUCCCAUACUCCCUUCUGCCACCACCACCACCACCACCACAGCAGUCAUCCCAUUUCUGGUAUCUCUCUCCAGCUGACGGGUUGGGGGUGCAUGUGCGUCUUAAGACCCCCCACUACUGGCCCCCCCUCUGCUAGGCACCCACCCCUUUCCACAACCCCGCUGCUUGAUGGACAAGCACACCUUCAAGAUGGGGAAGAGAGGCGAACAUGACAGGCAUGUCGCACUGGAGACGUAAAACCCGCUGGAGAGGCUGACACACACACCCACAAACUCACGCUUGUGAGCACAUUCACACAUAGUGUACAUUGGGAGAUAUAGAGACUCAAUAAGCUGUCAAAUAGAGAUGGGUAUUAAGGAAGAGGCAGGAAACUAUCUCUCUGCUCUGAGCAAGCGCUCACUGACUGACAGGCGCUGCGAAGAGAGGAUGGGGCAGCAGGGGGGGUGGAUGACACAGUCAUUCGUAUCUGUCAAUCCGAUUGAAAGGAGGAGCACACAGUCCAAGGAGUUUGUUUUGAUAGGGGAUGGAGGGCAUUUAAUAAUUGAUGUCCUUGAGUUCAGUAGCAGGGAGGGUAAUUGAGCCUGUCUUUGGUGUCCGUCAUAUACUCUCUGUAAACUAUAUGUGUGUGUGUGUGUUUAGAGCUCAGUUGGACCACUGCCUGGCAGACCUCUCACUUCCUGUUCUGGCCCUGGCAGUAACAGGCCUUCUCCUCUCUUCCCGGGACAGGUAGGAUGAGUGAGGAGCGGGCAUACGAAAUACCAAACUCCGUCACACACUCACACACACGCACAUCUCGGCAAGCGCUUCAACCAAAAACCUAAUCCCCUGCAGUAAGAGACGGGGAACAAAACCACUGACAAAACGCUGAUCUCAGGAAAAAAGAACACAAAAAAACACUGAGCCACCUAACUGUCAAGCUGUCGCGGCGCUCCACAUUCAAAUCAAGACAGGUUGAUGUGUGUUUUUAAAAUUUCACAAACAUGUUUGUGUGUACGAGUAAAUCACUGCUUGUAUGUAUCUGUUUGAGGCAGUGUGGAGGUUUGAUCCCGUUAGUCCUUACAGCGGAGCCUUUCCUGGGGUCUUCUGGGUGGAGCUGACAAAGCCCAGUGAUGCCUGGGGGCUCUGUAGGGCACCAGCUAACCCUUGCUUCUGCUGCUCUCCUAGGGUGAAACAUGACUGUAUACAAACUCUGAUGAAAUAUAGAAAGAUCAAUCCAUCUGUGCCAAAAAACAAGCCGAACAAAUGUGAAAAAUAUAACUGUAUAAAAUGUGUAAAUCUUUCAUACAUUGUGUAUAAUUCAAAGUAAUAAAAACAAGAGCAGAAUCUUGACAGUGUGGGUUUGUGGCCAGGCACUGGAGCACAUCAGAUCAAUUUGUUGGCAGGAGAAGCAGAAGUCAUUUUCUCCAGCUUGAAAGUGUCUCUUCAGGUUCAGAUGAUGAUUUGUUAUUGCCAUAAGGCUAGCGUGUUUUCUUUUUUAGUGUAUAAGUACAUUUUACAGCUGUACUGUAAUGAGUUUGUGAUUCAGCGCUUGGCAGCAGCUCAUUAUGACUCAGUCUGCAUUAGAAAAUCAAUCAUGCACCUCUUAGCUGGCUGGCGUAUACAUUUGCCCUCGGGCUUGUGAUCUCCAUCCCUACAUUAAUAUUUUUACGGGCUUAUUCAAAACAAGUAUAUAUUUACAGAGAAAACAGACGACACAACACAUCUGACUUGAUAUGUGGAAAUUGCUGUCCAGAGGUAUACAGAGCAAUAUUUAAGAAGUGAUAAUGAAAUGAAAGAGUGGCUGUGUCCUAUAACUAAAACCUCCUCCUACCUUAGGACGUGUCGCUCCGUGGUCUGGCUGCUGACUGCCAUGCUGGUGGUGUACUCACUGUUUUUUGCUUGGAGAGCCAACCUAGACAUCAGCAGACCAUUACUGCUUGGAGUGGUGAGAUAUAUGAGGCUUGAACUCAUUUUAACACCUUCGCUGUCUGUUUUUGUUGUUUUCAAUGAAAUGCAUUUGUCUAAAGUCAGCAUAAGGGAGAGCUAUGAACAUAAAUUCGUGAAUAUUUGUGUUAAAAUUGUGUUAAAAUUGGUUCACACAGAGAACAGAGAAGAAAAGUGUGCCUUGUGUGCUUGUUUGUGUACACCUCUCCACUGUCUUUUUCCAGGUUGAGCGUUUCUGGCUCCAGAGUGAUGCUGCAGUGUGCGUGUUGGCAGGCCUUGGAUUGAGCCGGACACAUAUGGAGCUGGAGAGAAGGCUGGGCUGUGGGGGGCUGUGGAAAACCUCAGGCUGGGUUCUGACUGUAGGUCUAUUGGCACAUAUGGUGCAGACAAAUCACAGGUGAGAACAACAGUCUGUUACAGUAACAAGAUGAUUAUGCGUGCAUUGAGAGCACAGUGCAAAGUCCUUGAUUUUAAAUAUUUAUUAUCGGUAAAAUUCAGAACAUGUGGAGAAUAUUACCAGCAACUAUAGUGGAUCAACAAAGUGCAGAGCUGAGGAAAGACGAGCAGUGAAAUGGGCUUUCUAUCUUAAAGUGGGUCAGGCCCUGCCCUUACAAUUAUCCUAAUAGGAAGUCACAGCUUUAUUAUUACAGGCAAGUUUAUUUGUAUAGCACCAUUCAUACACAAGGCAAUUCAAAGUGCUUCACAGAUGCAAGGAAAUACAUAAAAAAUUAAAAAGGAGAGAUUAAAACAAUUUAAACUCAAAAUAACAUAAAAUGUAAUCUAAGAUCAUUAAAACAGUUGAAAUUAACGGAACAGCAAAGUAGAAGUUUAUAGGUAUAUACAUCCAAAAUACAACCAAAAGGAUGGAUGAUCAAUAUGAUUGGUCUUCUUUUAACUUUUAAGAUUUGUGUUGACAGUCUCUCAGUGGUAGAGCGGGUUGUCCGUCACUUAAAAGUUUAGGGGUUCAACCCCAGGUCAUUCUUUCCAAAGUGCUGUUAAGCAAGUUACUAAUCCCCAAACUGCCCCCAGUGGCUGUGUUAGUGCUGUGAGAAUGAGCCUAGCUCAUACUGAGGGGUUCUUCUUCACAUAGCAACCUCUCCCUUUAGUGUAUGAAUGUGACAUUGCGUAGGAGGUUUUUGACCUUAUACAAUUUAAAAAAUCUCUGCAGAGCGUUGUAAGUCCUCCAUCUUUUCUCUUAUGCCCUCUGGGUGGCGCUACUAUGCUCCCCCAAGAAAAACACAAAGGUACUCUAACUCAUUUUUCCCCUCUGCGAUGAGGCUACUAAAUGCUGGGAAGUAGCGGAUUGGUGGCCUGUGUUGGAAUUUGGGGUGUUGAAAUUGGGGUCUCAGGAUUGUUUUAGGUCUUAUUGUACUUCUUUUAUCACAUUAUUUCUUAUUGCAUUUUAGUCAUCCCACUGUUGAAUGAACUGCACAUGUAUUUAUUAUCUAGUUGUUUAUUUAUUGCUGAUUUGUGGUGCUGACAGGGGAAUGUUUGGGCCAUAUGCUGCUGUGAAUGUCUGGCAUUUGUUUGUCCCUUGAUCGUUUAAUAACAAGGCGGGUUACUGUGAAGUGAAUUACCCUUCGGGGAUUAAUAAAGUUAUCUGAAUCCAUCCUAUUCAAUUUUCAACAUUUCAAGUCUAAUUCCUUCAGUAUGGAGUUAAAAAACAUCUGUCCAGUUUACCUCUGUUCCACUUUGACUGCUCCAAAGUUUCUGUGAAAAGACAUCAUGUGUCUCCAGGGCUCAGACGCAAAGUUAGUUCGGAAACAUACAUUUUGCAAAGUUAAUUCUACAAGAACUAUAUUUUGUGCUUGAUACCAUCAGUGAAUCUUUACCUCCAUAAUUAUAAUGGCUCCUUUUGCUCUACAGGCAAUUAGUGAUUGCAGCCUCUGAUAAAGGUUGUCUUGAUGUCUCAGCAGUGAACCUCACUGCGUUUAUCGGUAGAAUAAUUUUACUGUACAGUAUGUUAUGAAGGAGUUACACCUGACCAAAAUGUCACCUAAGUUUCUUUGUAAUACUUUUGUUGAGUAAAGCUGAAGUGAAGUAAAAACUCCCCUCUCAUUCUGUUUCCUUCUAAAAUCCUCAUGCAGAAGUUUUCCCUGAGUCAACCUGAUUUGUUUCUCCUCUGCGCUUCGUACUGCAGGUCUGAACUCCACAUGUCAGGUUUUUCUCUGCUCACCCCAUGGUAGGGGCUGAAGAGAGGCACGGUUAGCACAUAGAUUCCACUCACAGAGCUCAGUCUGAGAUGUUAGCUGUCCGAGGAGGCAGAUUACACCGGCGUAGUUGCUGGGGAGUGCCAGACAGCCAUCACUGAGCAGCUUUGAUCAAGGGGAGAGCAUGGCCUGUGCUGUCAGACCCAUCACACCUGUCUCCCCACGAUUAGAUAGGCAGCCACAGCGCUCUGUAGAGGGGAAGGGGCGGGGGCACUGACAACUUACCCUCAGAGCACCUUGAAAGCAUACCUACAAGCAGCGACUCACUCUCAUACACACACUUUUACAGAUCUCACACAUUUCUAAGCAGGGGUAAAGAUGCACUCAAGCCUUUUACAAACUCACACAAACGCAACUUGUGUUUUUCUGAUGUUAAACAGAAUGAUGGUGUUUGUGUUGACAAUUACAGGGAGUGUGACCAAAGCCGAAACAGUGUGGUGGAGAGGUUCGGCAGGGAGCUUCUGGCCUCCGUUCCAAACAACUCGAUCAUCUUGACAAGAGGAGAUCUGCCUGGGAACUCUCUGCGCUACCUUUACUACUGUGAGGGGGUUCGACCUGAUGUGCGUCUGGUGGACCAGGAGGUCAGAGCUUUGAAAUCCCCUCUAUCUUACCUUUGUGGAUUCUCAAAAUGUUCUCAUGAGGUUUUGAUAUUCCACACGCACCCUGAAGAACUAAAAAACAAAAACAACUCAGUAAAAUGUUUCCUGUGAUUCUGGUUCACUUCAGAUAGCAUUACACACCCAGCUCUGUAAAUGAGAAUACAGAGUUUUGCAUCAUUGCAGUGUCAUGAUGCUGCGCUAGGCCAUAUGUUAGACCUACACAGUAUGAGAAAAAUAUGCAAUAAAUGAAAACAAGUUUGACCAAUAUUGAACUAACUAUAUUAAUAGUAGCAUAUGGAUUUUCUAUGAAGUGUGUAUCCUCAGUGCACACUGAAUUAAAGCAGUCUGUUUAAGUUCCUUAAUAAACAAAAAAUGCUGCUGCAAAUUCCAUAAAUAACAAACGUACUUUUAGGGUUUUCAAGUAAGGUGGAUUCAGUUGAAAGGGGAGGAUUUCUUUAUUUUUGUAAAGAAAAAAAGGAGAUUUUGCAAAUUGCAAUAUGGAAAUUAACUCAACACCUCGGCUAAGUUAUGACUUAAUAAAGUCGUACAAAAUACUGGCUCUGGCUUUAUGAGUUCGGUGCGUAUCAUUAGUUUGUACAUCUCCAUGUGUAAACUUUUCUGAUUUAAAUUAAGAAAUAAAAACCAGAACUUUCCAUUCUAGGAAAAAAAUAGAAAUCAAAGCAUAAACAAACCAUUUAAAACCCAAUUACGGAGCAAAAAGCCACUGACAUAGUCAAUAAAUCCUUUUGUUGAAGUGAUUUGUUCACUGGCUGCUAAUUUGACCACUAAUCACAUUGGACACAAAGAAUUGAACCGAGUCUGUGUGGUACUCUUCCUCCUUCCUAGAUGAUGACAUACAGUUGGUAUGUAGCCAAGCUGGCACAGCACCACCCAGGGGUCCACUUCCCCGGCCGCUGGUGGGACCCAGUCCACCCUGAGGAGAAAGACACCUUCGAUCUGGAGCAGUUUCUGUUGCACAACACACAGUGAGUCUCCGAGAUGCAGGCUGAGAGCAGAGAGGAUCAAAGGGCGGUCUGAAAGGAAAAAUAGAGGGCUGUGAAAAGGAGAGAGAGUGAAUUGGGAGGGCAACAAUGGUCCAAAUGAACAAGUGGGGGAUCUAAUGAGGUAGAGAUCGGGGGAAUGGUCCACACAGCGGUAAGUGCAGGGAGAAGAUAAGCUGGUAGAACUGUUGAGGGCACAAAAGGAGUUUGAUGAAGUACAGAAGCCGUCUAAUCUACUUGAUUUGGUUAAACAGUCUCUGGCCGACUCACUGCUGCUCCCUGCUCUCAUCUCUGACUCCUCCAAGAAGAAAUGAGAUCUGGAAAGCGGCUGGGGACCUGUUAAUACCAAGCCCACCAGGGGGCAGUGUUUGCCAGGCCAACAUGCCUGUCUCUCUGUGGGGCAACACUGACCUGUGGGAUAAACCUCCAGGGCCUGAGGCUGGAGGGGAGCAAGGAGACGUUCAGAUGUGAAGAAAUAUUUGUCUACAUGGUGUUUGUGUUUGUCUCAUCAUCAGCUGUCGACUGUGAGGAAAAAGAGGGUUCAUAUUUUCAAAGUAUUUAUUGUUUCUACAGGAGGGAUGUGGUGGCCUGCAUUGGGCUGCCUGAAGGAGACCCUAGCUGGCAGCAGAGUUUCUCUCGUUGGCCCUGGGGAGUGUGCGACUUCCUGGUGCCAGCUCAGAGGCAAUUUCACCCCGAAAGGUGGGCCCAGCGGACCCGCAACAUGUACAAUUGGGUGGAGCUGUAUGGCAGGUGCAUUCACACACACUGACAAUCAUAGUUAUCUCUUUUGUAACCCUUAAACAUUCAUUUGGGGAGUGUUUCUCUCUUUAUAAUAAUAAGUCACAGUUUUUAAGUUAAACUCCAAUUAUACACUCUCACCACAUACUUGGACAUCUCCUCGCCCCUCACCCUUCAUCUCUCUGUGGUUACGAGUCGUCCUCCAUCAGACUGCACAGAGCUCCCCUCAGUGAGGUUGUCCUCUGUUCCUCAUGCUGUGAUCAAGCUCCAUGUGAAUUUAACCAGAGCAAACAUCAGGCCCACAGCCAUUUGAAAUGAGACUGAAGAUGAAAAAUAAUGAGUUUCUUAUUGCAUUUUGUCAAUAACUGUGUCAAAAGUGGAAUUAGUCAAAGCUCCAUAUUCUGUUGCUGUUGCCAGCAGCCCUUCAUUCACUCAGAUAUCCACGGCUGAAUACUGUGACAUUAUUUCCCGCACUCUCACGACAAGCGUGUCCGUCGAUGCCCACAAGCCAAAUAUUAGCUCGGGAGCCCUGCUAAAAUAUUCUUUUGAAGAAGAGGUCAAGUGUUUACAGUCAACAAAGUGAAAAAAGGAGAGAUGUGGUUUUACUGCAUGUCUAAUGUGUUUGCUGGUAUUGUUGCGCAGUCAUUUAAUGUUUAUGCAGCAAACAGCCAUGUUUAGUGUAUCAGAAUCUGCACAGUCAAGUGGGACAAUAUAUUCACAUAAAAAAGCGUUUAUACUAAAUGGAACUAUGUUGGAAAGCCUGAAGCUCUUUUUGAUAAAUGAUGUUUUUUUUUCCUCAUGUGUGACCAGUUUCCAUCCUGCAUCCUGGGAGCAUGUCGCUAAUGAGGAGAUGUGGCAGGCCAGGUACAGUACAGCUUUUAUCAAAGAACAAAAAACAGUGGUUAUCUCUUUGGAGAGGUUGUAUACUUUGCAGAUAAAAAGCUGCGUCACGAUGCAUACCAGCUCGCUAGGACAUCUCCAUAAACCAGUCUUGUGUGGUAGAGCAUCUACAUGUACAUUCUAUUUGGUAUCGGCAUCUACAUAAAUCACUCCAUUGGAGUGAUGCGUCUGUGAGCGUGGAUCUGCAUGGCUCAUCCAUCCAGCACUUAGCCCUGAGCCUGCGUGCUUUGUUUCAGGAUGAAGACGGCUUUCUUUCUGUUUGACCUGGCAGAAAGGAUGCAGGGAGAGGGGAGCGAUCGCCUCUUUGAGCUGUCUUACACCGUGAGUCUGACCCUAACAAACAUGAAAAAACACUAUCGGUUACCUCAGUGGAACCGAUAUAAGAGCUAAACAAGACCUAGUAUGACAUAUUCAGAGGCGUUUGCUUUUAUUUGCGGUCACAUCUGCUUUUAUUUGUGUGUUUUUGUGUGUGUGUGUGUGUGUGUGUGUGUGUGUUUGCCGGACAGCUGUAUAAGGAGAUUGUGGAGGCCCACUCAGACUACCCUCCAAACUGGGACAAGAACUUGGCACUGGCUUGUGAGAGGCUGCUCCGCUCUGGUCAACAGGGCCACAGUCCAGACAGCCUGCUGACCUGCAGCACUCAGCACUUUAGUCUCUACUUAGAGAAGGACCCCACAGAUCCCCAGGCGCCCGCCAUACGCUCGGCCAUUUCUCACCUGCUGAAAGAGAGAGAGAGACUUCGCCGGAGCCGGAGGCCAACCCCUUAACUGGAUCCAAAGAGACCUUCACAGAGCUGAAACACUGAAAGUGUGAGCCCAGUUGAAGUGCUGCACACUGAGAAUGAGUCUGAAUGUGCACUUUCUCGAAGUGUAGUGCGGCAGUCAAGGUUUUAGGUGCUGUUUUGGAUAAGAAGAUGAGGUCAAACGUGCCUUAUGAGCUGUCAUGUAAGAGGAAUGCUGAUACAGACCCACUCGUCUCCAGAAAUCAUCUCAGAGCUCUUGGAGGACAACGAACUUCCCCUCGGCCAUACAUUAUUCUGUGAAGUUGACCGGUAACAGAGUCUGACUUCAGGAGGCCUUAACUGACCCCAAUCAAGCUGUGCGUGCUCCCCUCAAACUCACCCGUUCGAUUGCUUUAUCGUUACAUCGCUGGCCUUUUUCUUCUCUUCCUCUGCUCUCACAGCUUUUAACGUGCUGAUUAUUUUGCCUCAGCCACUGCUCUAGUUCUCUCUUUUUCUCACAUUAGGAUGGCAAGGCCGAGAUUGAGGGAAAACCAAUUUGGGGGCAGAAAUGGGGGAUUAGAGCGGCUGUUUAAUCUAGGACAGACUUGUGCUGUGGCACACAGUCCCCACUCUGCAUAACCAGCCGUACCCACCCACCCACUCACUCACUCACUCACCCACCCCUCUAUCCUUCCAUCAGUCCAUCUUAGAUGGUCCUUUAUAUGUUUAAAACUAAUGGAUUCGAUGAGUGUUUUUGCCUCUCUUCCUUCCUAACGGGAGGGCUGUAAUCUCUCAUGGAUUUAAAUGAAAUGUGAAAUGUCACAAUGCCAGGGACCCUUUUAAAGGUGCGUUUUUGUGUGUCGAUUUGUGAUUGCAUGUGGAUGUGGAUGUGUGUGUGUGUGUGUGUGUAUGUGUAUGUGUGUGUGUGUGUGUGUGUGUGUGUGUGUGUGUGUGUGUGUGAGUGUGAGUGUGUGAACAUGCUUAAAUCUCCACCAGAGAAUUCUCGCUGCUCAACUGCAUAUAAACAUAGUCGAUAAACAGAUCGGCGCACUGGAAAGCAAAGAGCUUUGAUCAGCAUAGAAGGACAAAGUCAUGCAAACUCUAGAGACAAAUGGAGACACGCAAGACCAUCCUCCACCCAGCUCGCAGGAAAAUGGACUUUUAUCCCUGUGAGGGUUACUAAAGAGACAACAUGGCAUGCAAACACUGUGAGCAAAUCAGAGUCACGCGUCUUUGACGCGUUCUCAGGGUCCAAAACCUCAAUUACAGACUGUUUCUGUAAAUACUCAUGAUGAUGUUAAUGAACGUCCUGCCAUGGAAGCUGUUAUUCUGAGGUCAAAGCAGAGUAUGGCCAUAAGCUUUAAAAAACUCUGCUGAAGGAGCCUGCUGUUUGAGAUACUACUGGAAAGCGACGGACAGUUUGUGCACGUGUAGUUUUCUCCGAACGUAAUCUGCCCUCUGUUCGCAGGAAUGGUUAGCGGCUGUCAGCUGGCUGGAUGAUGAGAUUCGACCUGCUGUAGCACAGAUGGUUUGGUUUCUCAUAAAAAAAGGAAAACUGUCACUCUGCUUUCUACUUUUAAAACAUUUUCAAUAAAGAGUGUUUAUUUUGAUGUA